AUGAGCCGCCUCACCUCGUGGUUCGCCGGCCCCAAGGCUAAUGCCGUCGACCUCAAGGCAGAACUGGCAACCGAGCGCGGCGACCUCGAGCAGGCCAUGCGCGCCACCAACCUCAUCAUCAACGACGACAUCGAUGGCGCCGAAACGGAGCUGCGCAAAGGCAACUCGACCUACCACGACCUUGGCACCGCGCUCGUCUUCUUCAUGAAGGCCAUCUUGGGCUUUGAAAAGGAAAACAUUAGCAAGGCGGCGGACCUGCUAGCGAAAUGCGAGACGAGGGCCUGGGAUGACCUCAAGCGCGCACAGAAACGAGCGGCGGCGGGCCAUGCCGCGGGCGAGAUUUACCCACCCGGCACAGAGUACGAGCUCGUCGUGACGCAGACGCAGCUCAUGUCAGCCGUCCUGGGAGUCUUAAACGAGAGCGUGAUUGAGGCCAUGAAGAGCUUCCUGAAGCUGCGGAGGGCGUAUAUCACGCUAGAUGCCAUCAUCACCAAAGAAAACGAGUACUUUAAGAAGCAGCGCGCCCGGAAAGGGUCCAGUAGUGCCGCCGUCGCCAGCGCCCGCGCAUCAACGGAGGACAAAAAAGUCUUUUCGGCAACACAGACACCGCUCCCUACCUCGCUGAACAGCACGGCGCCGGCGCUGCAAGAUAUUGACGUUGAGAUGGCGAACCCCAUCGACGCCUUUAUUCACUCGGGCGUCAACAUGUGUAUGGGUAUUUUGAUGCUCAUGAUGUCACUGAUGCCGCCAGCAUUUGCUCGUGUCUUGUCCAUCGUGGGUUUCAGAGGUGAUCGCGAAGCAGGCAUCCGCAUGCUCUGGCGUUCUGUAGCCCAUCCCAAUGCGAACGGCGCAUUCGCUGGCAUCAUGCUGCUUAAUUUUUACCACAGCAUGCUGGGCCUCAUCGAUAUCCAGCCUCACGAGGCCGACUUUGACGAAUCCGCCGAGCCGUACGGCAUUCCCCAGCAAAAGGUCGCCGACCUGCUCUCCACCAUGCGAGAACGCUAUCCCCAGUCGCGCAUGUGGCUUAUUGAAGAAGCCAAGGGCCUCGCGGGUCGCCGCGACUUGCCCGCCGGUAUUGCGGAGCUGGAAGGCGGCACGCCGUCCAAGAUGAAGCAGGUGACGGCCAUUAACCAAUUCACCCUCGCCCUCUUUUCCAUGUCGGCCCACGACUGGCCGCGCAUGCGCAAGUACUUCCUGCACUGCGUCGAGGUCAACACGUGGAGCGCGGCCCUGUACUAUUACAUGGCGGGCGCGGCGUCGCUGGAGCUGUAUCGCGAUGCGGUCGCGCGUGGUGACGCGGCGGAAGCCAGCACCGAAAAGAAGACUGCCGAAAAGUACCUCCGCAAAUCCGGCGAGACGACGACCAAGAAGAAAUUCAUGGCUCGCCAGCUUCCGUUUGAAACGUUUGUGCAGCGCAAGGUGCAAAAGUGGGAGGCACGCAGCAAGGAGCUCGGCUUGGAUCUGGUCGAUGCAGUGGCGGUCAGUCCCGCGGUGGAAAUGAUGUUUGCCUGGAGCGGACCCAAGUGGAUGGCCACGAGCGAGUUUGAAAAGGCAGAGGAGUGUCUGGCCUGGAGCAGGCUCACAGCGCCGGCCGACAAGCUUGAGAAGCUGAAAGACAGAGACGAACUGGGCGUGCGCGCUGUGUCUCUGGCCUCGAUUCUGCGCGGGGCCAACCGCCUUGACGAGGCCAGGGCCCUACUGCAAGAGGAGGUGCUGUCGCACGACAAAAACCUGUUCAAGGGUGGACACAAGGAAGACUACGUCGUGCCUGCGGCGAUUCACGAAGUAGCCGCCAUUGCGUGGGCCCAGUGCGGUCAGCCGCCCUCUGACCUGGACGCCGCUCAGACGGAGGCGUACCAAAAGGAAAAGGUCAAGGAAUGCGAGGACAACUUGGAAAAGGCGAGGCUGUGGGAGGCCUAUGUCCUAGAUGCUAGGAUGGGCAUGCGGAUCCAGUGUGGACUGGCGACGCUGGCGUGGUAUCGCAAGAAGAAGGGCUGGGCGGCAUAG